GUGCGGCUCAGCUGCGCGGCUACUCUAGCCCCCGGCCCCGGCACAUUCCUACAAGAACUACAACAGCACGUUUGGGAUCCCUGCAUCAGUACGUCAGCAUUCGCUAACCAAAAGAUACUUCCUAAUGCAGCUGACAGCCAUCUUUCGGCCAAUUAUUUUGCGAACGUGACGGCGAUGCAUGUGGCUCAUCCCGAUGUGGCUACCACUACUCUGUAUUCGGCUCCCAUCAUCUUCGAUCGCAACGCCCAUGAUGUCCCGGCUAUUGUCCGCGUCGCGGACAUCCUGUGGUCGGCUGCUGGCAUGUCCGGACUCUACGAGGGCUCAUCGGUUGCUCCCCCUACAUCCGUUUACUCGGUCCCUCUCGAAUUGGUCGAUCGCGUGGGCGGUUGGGAUUGCGACUCAGAAGCGAUUGGCGAGGAUCUGCACAUGUACCUCAAGUGUUUCUUCGCCCUCAACGGAAACCUGACAGUACGCACCGUCUUGAGCCCGGUUAGCCAAACCAACGUCACAGGCGGUGGCCGCGGAAAGGGAGUCCCAGGUAUCGUCGCGGAUGUGCGCGCUCGGUACAAGCAGGCCCUUAGGCACAUGUGGGGUGCCCUCGACACGGGCUAUGCGCUCAGGAAGGUCGUGGAGGUCUGGAGAGAGAGGAAGCACACCUCUCGGGCGUUUCGGCCCCUGCACACAUCGAUGAACGACGAGUCGGACAACUACGUCCCGCAGUCGCAGAUUGACGGUGUGGACGCCGAAGCCGUACCCGAGAGCGGUAUCUUCUCUGACGUCGUCACCGACACGCUGAAAGAACCUGACUGGGAGCGCAUUGCCAUCCUCUUCCACCGUUUGUUUGAAGCCCAUUUCCUGCCUGUCCAAAUGACCAUCCUCGUCAUCGCGUCGACGCUCUACAUGUGGGCUGCGGAUGGCACGGAGGAUGUCCACGGUGUCGCUUGGAUCUACAGCGUCUGCAACAUUCUCCGAACCCUCGGGUUCAUGGAGGUCGCUUUGUACCUCUUUCUCUAUGAGAGCUUCCACAGGAUAUGUGUCGAGACUCGCGAGAAGGAGAUGGGCAACGCCGGCCUACUCAAAGGUAUGCACUUUUCGCGGAGAAAAGCCAAAACGAACUUCAUCGACUACGUUAUGGUGCCGCUGGUGGCACCAAUUUUCGGUUCGAUCCCAUGCGCGCAAGCACAAUUAUGCCACUUCUGGACGCUCGAUUUGGUUUACACAGUCAGUAAGAAGGUUACCCGGCGCAGAGCAAAGUCGAUAACCGCGGAUGCGUUGGUGUAACACCGCACGGCUUACGAACUUUUCGACAACCUUUACUUUUUUUGGGUUUCGGCAAUUUCAUAUUUUCUACGUGCAUGGUCUAUACUUCUCCCGGGCUGGAUACCGUUAUUCCAUUUCGAUGCUAUUCCAUUUAUGCCGAGAG